UCAGGCUGACGUGGACUAGAGACAACAUCCACCCCGUCGCGAACGAGGACGUGGAAUUGCUCAUUAUGCAGGCGUGGAGAACGGCGGUGGAAGGGGAUUUAUUGGGAUUCGUCUUUGGAUUGGUGGAGGCGGGACAUCGACAGCCAAUCGUUGGGGAACUCUUGAUCCUCUUGACGCAGCUGCUGGACGAUUUGCCAAUCGACAUCGUCUCGCACUGUGACGAGAGUCCGGCGCCGCAUAUUCUCUUGCGUACUCUGAUGCCAUAUCUACAGUGGUCCGCAUGCUUGGAGGGCGAUUGGGAUAACCGUAGUUACCCGUCACACGGUAACUACCUGAACCCCGCGGAGAAAGUCGGCCUUCUCUUCGUGGAUCAAGGGGAGUGGACGUUAGAAGAAGAGGAAGAGGAAGAGGGAGACGAAUUGGAGGACACCCCCGAAGAGGACGAGUAUUACAGCGAGCACAAUGAGCAUGAGUCGGGGGCGAUAAGUGAAGAGGUGGAGGAUGAAAGCGAGGAAGAGGAGACGAGACAGGUGGGAACACAGGAAGAGGACCCUGCUGCAGCCGAGCGACGCCGGGCAGAAAUCGCGGAGGGAAAGUGGACGUUGGAACAGGCGGCGGGAACUGAUUUGCCGAUUCUGGACGAUCCAACCAGAGAUCCGGAGCCGCCAACGGAGGAAGAUGAGCGCUGCGCCGCAGAGGCUUCGAACGUGCCGACACGGAGGCGAUGAAGCCGAUCCCCCUCCCCCUCCCCCCGUCCCUCAGUUCGAGCACGUGCCGAUGCGGGGCAUCGGGCUA